CCGACCUCUUCGGCUGAAGGUUACCCCUUGCAGAGGGUCGAACAAAGAGGGUUAAGUGAGUGAGAAGCGGUGGAAGAAUCAGGAGCAGUCCAAGAAACACAAUUUUCAUGGUGCUCAGGUGAAGUUUAUUUAUUUGAAGUAUUCUUACUAUUGGAGAAAACGGAGAACCGCCUCCCUUCUUCGUUCCAAAUACGCGUGAAGGGAAUCUUCAGAAGCGCCUCGGCAUAACAGAAAUGUGGAGGAGAGAAAGGCGGUUUUGAACCUGCUAGAAUCUCAGAAACGAAUAACUGAAUCGAAGCAAAUGACUGGAAGAAGGGUGGGAGGAUUGCGAAGCCAAGAAGCUGGAUGUGAAGAAAUGUGUAUAGAAGAAGGGAAAGCAACACAAGGAGAAGAAAAAAAUCAGGAGUGAGCAUUCGACCACAGAGCGAGACUGAGCAGAAAGUUCGAACAAAAAUAUCUUUCAGGAGACAAAGAAAGAGAAAGGGACUUUUGUUUUCACCAAGCCACCAGCAUAGAAAGGAGACAAAUAUGCCAUGAUGGAUUUCAUCAGCGCCUUACUAGAGACUCUCCUGCUACACACUCUCUCGUUUUUGCCCACAAAAUGUGCCAUCAAAACCAGUGUGUUAUCCAAAACAUGGAAGCCCCUUUGGAAUUACCUCCCAUGUAUCAAAAUCUAUCGUUCUGAUUUCAACGGGAAUGUGUUUAGUGAAAUACGAUACAAAUCAAUGUGCAAAACUUUACUGCUAUGCAAAGCUCCCAAGCUCCAAAAAGUCUCACUCGAUCUUCCACAAGUUUCAUCUGGCUCCUUUCCUCCCUUAUCAGAUUGUUGGAAGUUGCCGCCAAAUAUCAUGUUCAGGAGCUGUCUCUAAAUUUGUGCAACUUUCAACUACCUAAAUAUUUCUUCAUGAUCAGUUUUCCCAAAACUGAGUUUGUGUACUAGCAUACAUUUACCUGACACUUACCUUGGACAGCACUGAGGGUUCUGAAAAUUUCCGUUACUACUAUAUAUGAUAAUUUUUUAACAAUGCUUUUACUUGGCUGUCCUGUUCUUGAGUGUUUAAAGCUGUUCAAUUACUGAUCCGGCGACAGUGAAGUAAAUAUUACCUCUGGUUCGUUGAAGAAGUUGGUGUUACAAUCUCCUAGUUGUGAGUAGGGGGAAUUUAAGAUUUGCGUCCCAAAUCUUCUAGAGUUGAGCUAGCAUGGGUGUUGCUUUUUGAGAUUUAGAUUGAUGGAUGUGUCAUCUUUCGUAGCAGUUGAUCUCUCCCUUUGCAGAGAAGAAGUACCAUAUGAAUAUGAGUGAAACCUUAAGGACAUGGCAGUGGGCUAUUUUGAAAAGCUACGUCAUGUUCAAAAACUUUGUUUGCGCUCUUGUUACCUUCGUCUGCUAUCAAUAUUAGAGAUGGAAAGUUCUCUUACUCUGUUGUUAGAGUGCAUAAGUGUAACUCUCCAUACUUGGUUCACAAGGUACAUACUUGCUGGUUUAGAAAAGUUGCUACGAAGUUCCAUUCACCUGUUGAAGUUAACAAUCAACUGCAAUUUAUGUGAAUGUUACGAGUGAUGAACUAGAUGAGGUACGGAGAGAAAGUAGAGGUCAUCCAUACCGUCAAGGCAUAAUGAAUGUAAUCCUCUUUAAUUUCCCUUUGGAGGAAAUGAGGACAUAAUCAUCUCAUGUUCUAUGAAGUGUUGACAGUUAUAUCACGAAGUUAGGAUUUUAAGUUCCAUGAAGGAUUUGAGUCUCCUUUCAUCGAAUUAACAUUUUACAUCAACCAUUAGCCUACCCUUUUUUUUCGAUUAAUAUGUCAAAAGAAAUUUGUCUUAUUUUGUACUUUUGUUCUGGAGUAAUGUUUUUUUCCAGAGCAUUUUUGUACUCUAGCUGCUGGAUUGUAUGUUUUGUUUCAUUUAGAAAGCAUAUGUGGAGGGGAAGAUCUUGUUGAAAUGGUGCAAACUUUUCUUAUGAAAAAAGCAUUGAGCAAAAGCUAAAUGCCCCCAACCAUUUCUCAAGUAUGAGUUCUAUCUUUCCAAACUUUCAUUUUUGUUCUUAUUCUGGGUUUGAGGGUGGAGGAGAUGCAAACAUGACAAUUACAUCAUCAGAUGAACCAACAGUCAGCACAGGAAACGGAAGAGAAUAAUCUGAUGUUUGAAACUUAAGGAAACAGGAAGAAGAUCCAAAGAAUGGAAUGCCCUUUUACACGUACUUCCUGUCAAUCCCAGUAGACGUAGUUGGUGAUGGUUCUGAUUCUUCUGCAGCCGCGAACAAGGGUUUUCUUAACCAUGCAGAUCAGACUUAUAAUUACGGCGAGCUUGAGGCUUAUUUUGCCUCCUUUCCUCCUGGUUAUCGCUUCAAGCCCGACGAUGAAGAACUUGUGUUAGACUAUCUGCGUCCAAAAGUCAAGAAUAUGCGUCUUCCGCCAAAUAUGAUCAUGGACGUUGAAGUAUACAAGUUCACCCCCGAUGAUCUUUCAGCUACUUUCCCCACAAUUGGAAAGUAUCAGAAAGAAUGGUAUUUUUUCAGUCCAAGAGAUCGAAAGUACCGCAAUGGUGACCGACCAAAUCGAGCCGCCGGCAAUGGCUACUGGAAAGCUACUGGAGCUGAUAAAGAUAUUUACAGAAACAAAAAUGAGACUUGGUCCAGGAGGGCUUUAGUGUUUUAUCGUGGCAAAGCUCAAAGAGGCAGUAAGACUGACUGGAUCAUGCACGAAUAUUAUUUCAAGGAAAAUAAAGAUAAAAAUGAGAUCACUAAUCCUUCCAACAAGAAAAAAGGAGGAAACUGCAUGAGGCUUGAUGGCUGGGUUUUGUGUAAGAUAUACAAGAAGACUGGUAGAUAUGGUAAUAAAGUUUCAAAUGGCCAACAAGAUGUUGCGAUUGAUAGCAUAAAUCCAUAUCAAAAUGGAGUGCAAGAGCUAAAUAAUGAUAUUGCUCAAAUCCCCAUUGAAAAUGGUGUAGCUGACAGCAUUGUAAUGGCAUCUAAAGUCUACAACAUGUCUCCUGCUGCUAGUACACUUCAUCAGUAUGCUCCAAUUGAAAUGUAUAAUCAAUGCAUGAGUUCUCACAAGAAGAUCAUUUUUCCUCCUCAGGUGCCCUUCGGUGAGUAUCCUAAUUUACUUGAUCAUCCCCACAAUACCAACUUCUUAUACAUGAUGCCUGAUCCCAUGGCUGCACAUACCUCUCCAAUGAAAGGACGGUUCAAGAAUGAAGAGUCUGUUAAUUUUCCCGGAUUCUUUGACUCAACAUCUGUUCUAGACAUGGCUGUCCACUAUGAUCUCUCUUGGCUCGAGCAUUUUAACCAUUUUGAUAACAAUGAUCAUCAUCCGUUCAUGACGAGCUUGGACAAUAUUGUGUCUGUUCCAGCAUCUUUUUCAGAAACUAAAUAA